AUGUCCCGGAUUCUAUUUCUUUUACUCACUUCUGCGCUCCUGGCUUUGGGCGUCGAAGCCUCCGAUUAUCAUGAGCGAUUGACUCUCACCCCCUUACCCCUCGGUUCUCUCCUCGCCUCGUUCGAUUUCCUCAGUAACGAAAGUGCCGCGGACUAUAACGCCCAGAAUUUCAGAUACUUCCCUCGCUCCUUGGGGCAGGCGCUGAGGCAUGCCGACACGCAAGAACUACAUCUGAGGUUUACCACAGGACGAUGGGAUCCGGAGCUUUGGGGGGCGCGCCCGUGGGAUGGCACCAAGGAGGGCGGCACUGGAGUAGAGUUGUGGGCGUGGAUAGAUGCGGACUCCGAAGUCGAAGCAUUUGCGAAGUGGACAACCUUGACGCAAUCACUCUCGGGCUUGUUCUGUGCCUCAUUGAAUUUCAUUGAUUCGACCCGGACCACCAAACCGGUCUUGUCCUUUCAGCCUGCUGGGACGUUCCAGAACCGGAGCGAGAAUCUUCACCUUUUGCAUGGAGUACUCCCCGGAGAAGUGGUUUGCACGGAGAAUUUGACUCCCUUCCUGAAACUCCUGCCGUGCAAAGGUAAGGCUGGUAUUUCCAGCCUCCUUGACGGACACAAGGUGUUUGACGCUUCAUGGCAGAGCAUGGCCAUUGACGUGCGGCCGAAGUGUUCUGCUGGGGUUAGCGAAUGCCAGAUGGAAAUCAGCCAGACGAUUGAUAUCGUGCUCGAUAUCGAACGAUCCAAGCGGCCGCGAGACAACCCGAUUCCGAGACCAGUUCCUCCAGAACAACUUGUUUGCGAUGAGUCGAAGGCUUACCAUUCCCAUGAUGCUUGCUAUCCACGAGACAUGGUGGAUGAAAUGCCGUGGUCUCUGAAGGAUGUGUUUGGAAGGACACUGGCCGGGACAUGUCCUUUGGCAGACGACGAGGGCCAUGACCCGAAACCAGUGUGUCUGAACGUCCCACACGAUCGAAUGGUGUUGGUCAGUCACAGCGGGUUUGAAGUCAAAUCUGAACCUGGCCCGAGCGAAUCAAGGUGUUAUUCAAUAAUGCCAUUCGAAGAGUUCGACCUCGAAGUGCCUCUGCAGCAAUCAACCUCCAGAAAGCACGACCUGGGCCACGAGCUGCUCCGAGCAGAAAGAACCAUGACCGGCCAUGGUGCUGCCCACGGAGGAAUGCGGACCAUCUUUACAAACCCGUCCUCAACCGAGUCUGUCCAAUUCGUAUACUUUGAGAGCCUACCCUGGUUCAUGCGCCCUUACAUCCAUACCCUCAAGGCUCAAAUCACGCAUUCGUCCGCAACCCCUUUCGACUCGUCGAGACCUGAGAAAGAAAGAAUCAUUAUGGACAUGUACUAUCGGCCUGCGGUCGACCGCCAUCGCGGCACACAACUUGAACUUCUGCUCAGCGUCCCGCCCCUCACCACCGUCUCUCUAACCUAUGCCUUCGAGAAAUCCAUCCUUCGGUACACGGAAUACCCCCCCGACGCGAACCGUGGGUUCAACAUCCCCCCCGCGGUCAUCCGUAUUAUUUCGCCACAACUGACCGACCCACUCACGGGAAAUGCUAGAGAUGUUUAUAUUAGAACGACGAGCUUGUUAUUGCCCUUGCCCACGCCGGACUUUUCCAUGCCAUAUAAUGUGAUCAUAUUGACGAGUACGGUUAUGGCGUUGGCGUUUGGGAGCAUUUACAACUUGUUGGUCCGGAGAUUUGUUGGCGCGGAUGAAGUUGGAGAGGGCAAGCUACCGGGUCUCGUGAAAAAAUUAAGGGCGGCGGUGCAAGGGACAAUUGUCCGAGUGAAGGAUCAAAUGCAGGGGAAAGGAAAAGUGGAAUAG